AUGUCCUCGUCCACCUCUGGUGGCCAGCCAAAUGGCUCCCCGGCGCCGAAUCCAGGCAUGCAAACAAUAUCAAUGAACGGGAAAGCUUCCGCCGCGCCGCCGCAAUCUACAACGGAUGGUGUCGAGCUCAAGAACAUGAAUGCCAGUAAUGGCAAUGGGAAUGGCGCAGGGGAGAACGCCAGACCUCCGCUGCCUAUUGAAUCAGAUAUUAUGCAGUUGGCGCGGUUAGGCGAAAUUGGCGCUAUGCAAAAAUUGUUCGAUACGAAGAAAUUCAAUGCCAAAUAUAAAGAUGAGCAGGGUAUCACGCCGUUACACUGGGCGGCAAUCAAUAAUCAAUAUGCAAUGUGCCGAUUCCUUCUCGACUCUGGCGCAGAUGUGAACGCAAAAGGAGGCGAAUCCGUUGCAACACCCGCCAUGUGGGCUGCACAGCGAUGUCACUACUAUAUCGUCGACCUACUCCUCCAACGAGGCGCCGAUCCUCUUCUCACCGACGUUCAGGGAUACAAUAUUUUGCACUUGGCCACUAUUGACGGAAAUGCUUAUCUGGUGUUCUUAUUGCUACAUCAAGGCAUUCCUGUUGAUAUUCCGGAUCCUCAGGGCCAUACCGGUUUGAUGUGGGCGGCAUAUAAAGGGCUUCCGGUCUGCGUGGAUUUAUUCCUACGAUGGGGCGCGAACGUGAAUGCGGCAGAUGAAGGGGGUCUGACGCCGUUACAUUGGGCGUUGGUGAAAGGUUCCUAUAUAUGUGUUCAAAAGGUUCUCGAAUAUGGCGCGGAUCGAUUCGCAAAUACGAGAGAUGGAAAGUCGCCUGCUAUGGUGGCCAGCGAGAUGAGAUCACUCCGAGUCUGGCACCGAGCUUUGAAUGAUUAUGGAUACGACAAGACUGGAAACUUGAAAACACUUCCCAUGGGUAUGACCAUGUUUGUGCACAAUAAGAGCGUACUCACGAAAUACUUCUUUCUCUGGCCAUUCCUUACGGUGUUCAUUGCAAUUUGGAUAUUGAGUAAUUCGGCUAUCUAUAUUGGAGUUCCAGUUGCUGCAGUUUUCAUUUUUGGUAUGCAAUACGUGGUUCAACAAGUUGCGAACAACGGUCCUGGAGAAUUCCGAGUGCUGCAAAAGACGCCGUACCUUGCCGGCGUCUUUGCCGCAAGUCUUUUCUGGGUUAAUGUCACAUAUCUCUUCCGUGUACUUCCUGUGACAUGGUCUACCCACCCCAUUCCCAACGUCCUAUUUGCCGUGUUUGCAGCCGCUACGACCUAUUUCUAUAUAUUCUCCAUGGUCGAAGAUCCUGGCUAUGUACCCAAGCUCAGCAGCAGAAACCAGCAAAGGGAAACCAUGCGCGAGCUUGUCGACAACUGGAAAUUCAACGAAGAAAAUUUCUGCAUUCACUGCAUGGUUCGCAAGCCCGUGCGAAGCAAGCACUGUCGACGAUGCUCGCGAUGCGUCGCCAAACAUGAUCAUCAUUGUCCAUGGAUCUACAACUGCGUAGGCGCCAACAACUUACGACACUUUGUCAUCUACAUUUUGUCUUUAGAGAUUGCUAUCGUGCUCUUCGUUCAACUAGUAAUUCGCUAUAUCGAACUCCUCCCCGCCCCUGAAACACUCUCCUGUAAUGUCAUCAACGACAACCUUUGCACAAUAGUGUCCAAGGAUACUUUUACCCUCUUCCUCACCUUCUGGGCUGCCCUGCAAUUAGUGUGGGUUACGAUGCUCUGCUGCGUCCAAUUAGUGCAAAUCUCCAGAAACCAAACCACAUACGAAAACAUGCGAGGCUCAAUCGGUACAGCCGCCGGAGCUUCUCAAGCCAUCACAUCCGCACUCGUAGCUGGAACCCCCAACCCAGCUGCCGCAGGUCUCACUGGCGCCGGUCACGGCCCAACACCUGGCGCUCCUCCUGCCGGUGGCCAUGGCCAUCAUCACGGACGUAAAGGCGGCUUCCUUGGACAAUGGAUGGGCCUUCUAGGACUCGACACAUUCUUCGCCACAGCCCAGGGCCGAUCAUCUCGUCAAAAGAACCCCUUCUCCCGCGGCUUAAUGACAAAUUGUCGCGACUUUUGGUUCGAUUCUGCGCCUGUGUUCCGCACACGAAAACCUGGCUCGGGCAUGCUUGAUGGCGAGGUAGUGGAUUAUUAUAAAAUGUACGAGCCACCGUUGAGAAUGACACAGGGGGGUACUCGAAGUGGGAAUUAUGUUAGUGUUGCUGGUGACGAACCUGAAAGUGCUGUGUAA